AUGCCUUCCCUCAAACAAUUUCUUCUCCUAACCCCCGCCCUUUUCUCUGCAAUCCACGCCCAAGGCGUACUCCUCUCAGCUCAAGGAACCAAAGGCUCCCCUGCCUCUCUUCCCCUCCAAGUUCAACUCAACACCAAUGACGUAAAUAUAAUCAACGAGGCCGAGAUUAACAGCAACGUCGUAAAUGAAUGUGGACGCACAAUUCUCAAUGGCAAUAUCGAUAUUGGCGAAAAUACCGAAACACAAUUGGCUAAUAAAACCGUGACAUCCGUCACGAAAGGAAGUGUCGUUAAUGUGGUGAUAAAGCAAGGAGGUACGAAUGGAAAGGGUCCGUAUAAGUGUGAUAUGGAUCCGACAAGUAACGGGUUGGGAUCGGGACAGACGAAAUUGGCCGUUAAGGAGACAGAUGUUAAAGGGGGAAAUAUUAAUUUGGCUGUUACUAUGCCGAGUAAUAUGAGUUGUAUUGGUGCUUCUACUGGAAAUAUCUGCACAGUCCGUUGUUUUAACGCAGCAACCGCUGGACCAUUCGGUGGUUGUUUUGCCGUGAUGCAGACGGAUGAGACUGCUAGCAAGAAUACGCCUGGGACAAUUGCCACAGCGCAGACUUUGAAGGGCGUUGAGGCACAGGUUUUACAAAACAACAAAGAUCUCCCCGCCGCCAUGAAAGCAAACUCCGAAGCAACGCUUAACGAACAAGGAAUUUUUGCCGUAGAAGCACUUCUCAGCUCUUCCCUAGCAGCUGUUCCUACUGUUGCCGCGAAGGCCGCGGCUACUCCUGCCGCUGCUGCUGCUGCUGCGGGAAAGAAGAAUGGAAGUGGCAAUGGAAGUGGGAAGAACGGGAAAGGGAAUGGAAAUGGGAGAUUUGGAGGGGGUAAUGGGAAUGGGAGGUUUCCGAAGACGUUUUUUGCAUAG